UCGACGACGCUUUCGAAAUCACUGACGAUGUUCAGAGCAUCGUCGUCGACGUCUCACAUAGCCCGCCCUUUCCGGGCAAAGCUGCGUCGAAGCUUUGCUACCGUCCAAGACACCCCCGUUCGUCGAUAUGGCGGUUUGAAGGACCAGGACCGUAUCUUCACAAAUGCAUACUGCAGGCAUGAUCAUGGGAUAAAGGGUGCUCAGUCCCGAGGAGACUGGCACAGGACAAAGGACAUCUUGCUCAAGGGUGACAGCUGGAUCAUUCAGACCAUUAAAGACUCUGGUUUGCGCGGCCGCGGAGGUGCCGGGUUUCCGAGCGGUCUUAAGUGGAGUUUCAUGAACAAGCCUGACUGGCAGAAGGAUCCCCGCCCACGCUACCUGGUCGUAAACGCAGACGAGGGAGAACCCGGCACCUGCAAGGACAGAGAGAUUUUGCGUGGUGACCCGCACAAGCUCGUUGAAGGCUGUCUCGUUGCCGGCCGGGCCAUGAACGCCAGCGCUGCAUACAUCUACAUCCGUGGUGAAUUCUACCAGGAAGCUUCGCACCUCCAGCAGGCGAUCAACGAGGCGUACAAGGCUGGCUUCCUCGGCAAGAACGCGUGCAAUUCUGGCUACGAUUUCGAUGUCUACCUCCACCGCGGAGCGGGUGCCUACAUCUGCGGUGAGGAGACCGCGCUCAUUGAAUCCCUCGAGGGCAAGCAGGGCAAGCCUCGCCUGAAGCCACCAUUCCCUGCCGACGUCGGUCUCUUUGGCUGCCCCACCACUGUCGCCAAUGUCGAGACCGUUGCUGUCGCUCCCACAAUUUGCCGUCGCGGCGCGCCUUGGUUCGCGGGCUUCGGCCGCGCGCGUAAUCAGGGUACCAAGCUUUUCUGCAUCAGUGGACAUGUCAACAACCCCUGUGUCGUCGAGGAGGAAAUGAGUAUCCCGCUUAAGGAUCUCGUUGAGAAGCACUGUGGUGGUGUCGUUGGUGGUUGGGACAACCUCCUGGGCAUUAUCCCUGGUGGUAGCUCUGUCCCUGUCCUUCCCAUCAAGAAGUGCGGUGAAGUUCUGAUGGAUUACGACUCCCUAAAGGACGCACAGUCCGGUCUCGGAACUGGCGCUGUCAUCGUCAUGAACAAGAGCACCGACAUUGUCGCUGCUAUUGCUCGUUUCGCACAUUUCUACAAGCACGAGUCAUGCGGACAGUGCACACCUUGCCGUGAAGGCACAACAUGGAUGAUGAACAUGAUGGAUCGCCUUGUCGAGGGUCGGGGCCACCAGCGCGAGAUUGACAUGCUCCUCGAGCUCACGAAACAGAUCGAGGGCCGUACAAUUUGCGCGUUGGGUGACGCCGCGGCGUGGCCUAUCCAAGGCCUCAUGCGCCACUUCCGCCCGGAGGUUGAGAAGCGCAUCGCUGCCUUCCGCGAUGCGAACGGCCCUGUGCUCUUUGGCGGCCGCCUGAAGAGCGAGACUGACCCGACGCUCGCACUUCCGGAUAACCUCGGCGCCAAUCUGCCCGAGGUCGCGCCUCCCUCUGCUCAGGCGUAGGCAUUGCUUGGGUAUAGAGUACACGUUUAACAUGAUGUCGACUAUCCUAUAUACCGCAGCAAAAUGUAAA